CGCUCAGCGAGUGCGGGAGGGCGCCUCUGACGGGUCUGCGUUGUAAACCUGGGCUCAAGCUGUGGUUUGAGCCCAAACCCCCCUGCUGUCCACCCACACGGAGGGAGUUCUCCUGUUGACAUAAUUAUACGACCCCCAGUGAGUGGCGGUAGCUAUGUUGGCGGGAGAGCAUCUCCGGAUGACAUAGAGUUGUCCGCACUGGCGCUUUUGUUGGUGAAACUUACGUCGGUCGUAGGUGUGGGGUGUUUUUUUCUUCUUCACACCACUGACUGACAAAAGUGCUGAUGUAGAUAUAGCCUGAGUCCCCAGCAUGGGCUCCACAGACCUGAGUUUACAAUGCAGUGUAGGCAUAUCAUUAUUGAGCAAGAGCUGAGUUUCUGCUAAGGUAAUCUCUUAAAGAGCCACUGCAGAAAGAACUACUAUGAAAAAAGAACCCCAAUAAAUAUUAGCUGAUGAAUUGCACAUGCCUUCCCUCCCAGAAAUGAUGUUUGGAGACAACAUCCUAAGAAUUCAGCAUGAUUAUGGCUUUGGAAUUGAGUUCAAUGCAACAGAUGCUUUAAAAUGUGUAAAUAACUAUCAAGGUAUGAUUAAAGUGGCCUGUGCAGAGGAAUGGCAAGAGAGCAGGACUGAGGCUGAACACACAAAAGAAGUAGUUAAACCAUAUGAUUGGACCUAUACGACAGACUACAAAGGAACAUUAUUAGGAGAAACUGUAAAGUUAAAAGUUGUACCUACAACUGAUCACAUUGAUACAGAGAAAUUGAAAGCCCGGGAACAGAUUAUGUUUUUUGAAGAAGUUCUGCUGUUUGAAGAUGAGCUUCAUGAUCAUGGCGUUUCAAGCCUGAGUGUAAAAAUAAGAGUAAUGCCUUCCAGCUUCUUUGUGUUGUUGAGGUUUUUCUUGCGCGUUGAUGGUGUACUUAUCAGGAUGAAUGAUACAAGACUUUACCAUGAGGCUGACAAGCCCUACAUGUUACGGGAAUACACAUCUAAAGAAAGCAAAAUUUCAAGCUUAACGCAUGUUCCACCCUCCCUGUUCACGGAGCCUAAUGAGAUCUCUCAGUAUUUACCUGUAAAGGAGACUGUUUAUGAGAAGCUAGAAUUCCCAGAGAAGUUGGAUCCUGAGCCUACAGCCUCAUCAGAAAGCACAUGCAUGGAAUGUAAAUAAAUGUGACUUUAUGUGGACUUGAAAUGGGCCCUCUUCUGGAGAUCAUAUGAUCACUUGACCAUUACUACUGGCGUAGUUUCACUAUUUAUGGGCUAAAGAUCAUUUGUUUGGCUAAUUUUUCUGUAGCCUUAAGGGGGCAAAAAGCUCAUUUCAGACAGGUUUCACUAAUGUGUAUAUUGUCCUUUUUUAAAUUAUUAUUUCAAACCCCUGUCUGGAAUUAAUGGUAGACUGGUAAUAAACAGGAGAAUUGCCUUGGAGAAUAAACUCCUCCCAUGAAUAGCAGUUUUUGUUCUGUUUUGAGCAUUUGGCAGCUAUAUUGCCUACACCCGCAACCACUAGCACCCUGGAUCAAGAAUUUUGGCUCUUGGUACCGAGAAGCUAGUGUAAUUCACAAACCUGAGCAGCUUUUAUUAACUGUAUGUAGAAUUUGUCUACAAUAAAAGGUUUUGUUCCCUA